UGGGAUGAGACAGAUUGUCUGUCUGGAUGGGUGCUGGUUGAAGGGUAAAUACGGGGGUCAACUUCUUUCUGCAACAGGGAUUGAUCCAAACGACUGUAUGUACCCCUUAGCAUAUGCCUGGGUUAAAACGGAGAACACGGAGACCUGGAUGUGGUUUAUUGGGCUACUAUCAGUUGAUCUGCACCUUACGAAUGCCGCUGUUUUCAUGUCCGAUAAACAAAAGGGUUUGUUGAAUGCUGUGAAGGAGUUGUUCCCAUAUUCAGAGCAUCGAUUUUGCUGGAGGCAUUUGUGGGCCAAUUUCAGGAGCACAUUUCACACGCAACACAUGAAGCCCUUCAUCUGGAACAUUGGAACAGCAACAUACAAAGCAGCCAUGGAUAGAGCAAUGAAAGCUCUGGAAGACAAACAUGACGCUGGCUACAAAUGGAUCAAAGAGAGGGACAGGAAACACUAGUG